AGGCCUGCUCCAUUCCGAAUACCUGGUUUGGAACCAUCUGUAUAGAAGGGUAUCCAGAUAUCGUAGUUCAAAACGGUUCAAUCAGGAAUAGUGGUGCAGUAUUUUUAAUCAAAAUGCGGUUCAGGCAAUGUGUAAUCCACACUGGCUGGAACGGACAUUGUAUUUAGGAUAACACAGUGUCUGUAGCCUCCACAAGCCAAGGGGAAAACUCUCUAAGCCUUACAGUAGUGGUCGCAGCAAAUUUGUCUACCCACAAUGUCCAGUAGCAUAAGGUUUAGCAUUAGAUUCAGUGCAUCAGAUGGCGUAGUCAGCCAUCCUUUAGAUUCGCCUGAGUAUCAACAGUUGGUGGAGUUUUGAAGAGUCGUCCACCAGACCGCAAACACCAUAUAACAUUAUUAGACUGACAACUGCAGUAUAUAGCCAGUCAGCGUAACCGUUGUGCCACUUUAGUAUAAAAUUUGACACUUUUUUCGACGACGAUACUAGUGUGACACUUUUUGAUUAUGCUACUUAAUACCAUACUUUUUGAGGAUUGGCCACUUUUCCACUCCUCUGUGCCACGAUUUAAUAAUCAUUCUUUUAUUGUUUGUUUUCACUUAAAUAACGUGGUAUAUAGUUUGAAUUGAAUCGAAUUUUCCAGAGGUGGUACCUCCCUCACAAUUGCCGGCGACACAUGUUCAAAAAAAAAAAAAAAAUUACAAAGAGGUGUCGCUUAGUGGCAUGCAGUUGAGACUUGACUAUAUAUUGAGGGUUCACUUAUAUUGGGUUAUGCUAUGUCUACAUUGACUCGUUUUGCUUAUAUAAUUUUGAACAACAUUUAGUAUUUCGGAUUCAUAUUCUUGAUCGCUGUCAACAUCUAAAACGGUCUAGCCAUGUCCGUCCUUCUGUCUGUUGAAAUCACGCUACGGUCUUUAAAAAUAGAGAUAUUGAGCUGAAACUUUGCACAGAUUCUUUUUUUUUUGUUCAUAGGCAGGUUACGUUCGAAGAUGGGCUAUAUCGGACUGCAUAUAUCUUGAUAUAGCCCCCAUAUAGACCGAUCCGCCGAUUUAAGGUCUUAGGCCCAUAAAAGCCACAUUUAUUAUCGAAUUUUGCUGACAAUUUUUUGGGACAGUGGUUUUAGGCCACUUGACAUCCAUCUUCAAUUUGGCUUAGAUCGGUCCAGAUUUGGAUAUUGUUGCCAUAUAGACCGAUCUCUCGAUUUAAGAUUUGAGCCCAUAAAAGGCGCAUUUAUUAUCCGAUGUCGCCGAAAUUUGGGACAGUGAGUUGUGUUAGGCUCUUCGACAUCUUUCUGAAAUUUGGCUCAGAUCGGUUAAUAUUUGGAUAUAACUGCCAUAUAAACCGAUUUCUCGAUUUAAGGUUUGGGCCCAUAAAAGACGCAUUUAUUGUCCGAUUUUGCCAACAUUUGGGACAGUGAGUUAUGUUAGGCCCAUCGACAUCGUUCUUCGAUUCGGCUCAGAUCGGUCUAGAUUUGGAUAUAGCUGCCAUAUAGAUCGAUCUCUCGAUUUAAAGUUUUGGGCCCAUAAAAGGCGCAUUUAUUGUCCGAUUUUGCCAAAAUUUGGGAUAGGUCCUUCAAAAUCCACAUGCAAUUUAGCUCAGAUCGGUCCUAAUUUGGAUACAACUGUCAUAUAGACCGAUCGGCCGAUUUAAGGUUUUAGACCCAUAAAAGCCAAAUUUAUUAUCUAAUUUUGCUGAAAUUGGGACACUGAGUUGUGUUAGGCCACUCGACAUCCUUCUUUAAUUUGACCCAGAUCAGUCCAGAUUUGAAUAUAGAUUCCAUAUAGACCGAUCUCACGAUUUAAAGGCUUGGGCCGAUAAAAGGCGCAAUUAUAAUGUGGUUAUGCAAAAAUUUGACACAGUGCCUUAUGUUAGGCUUUUCGACAUCCUUGUCGUAUAUGGUUCAGAUCAGUCUUUAUUUGGAUAUAGCUACUAAAAGGACUAAUAUUUUGUUCAAUAAAAUUGAACAAUGACUUGUAAUUAUUAUACCACUCAAUUUUCGUGCGGAAUUUGAUCAAAAUCGGACCUUAUUUCUUUAUAGCUACUAUGGAGGCAUAAAUUAUGCAUUUUUCAUCGGAUUAUGACAAAAGAUGGUUAACAUGUAUACCUGAGGUGGUGGGUGUCCAAAGUUUGGUCCGGCCGAACUUAACGCUGUUUUACUAGUUUUAUCUAUAAAAUUCUUCAAUGGAAUCUCAAUUUGGAUUUUAUGAAAAAUUUUUUUGGACAAAAUUCAAUUUCAAUAUACCAUACACCACUACUGUGGUACAUGGUAUUACAACUUAGUGCUUUUGUUCAUAACACCCAGAAGGAAGAGAGUUGGACCCAUUGAUAAGUAUACCGAUCGACUCAGAAUCACUUUCUGAUGCGACUUUGCUAUGUCCGGCUGUCUGUCCGUCCAUCCAUGUUAAUUUGUGUACAAAGUAAAGGUCGCAACUAUCAUCAUAUUGUUUUAAAAUUUGGUACAGACAUGUUUUUCGGCCUAGAGUCGAAGCCUCUUGAAAUUAGAAACAAAUCGAUUCAGUUUUGGAUAUAACUCCUAUAUAUAUGUUGCCCCGAUUAACCGAUUCUCUCGAAAUGAUUUUCUCUUGACUUUCGACAUUACUGGUGAAUUUCAUGGAAAUUGGUUAAGAUUUGCAUAUAGCUCUUCAAUGUAUAUAUCGCCCGAUUUUCACUUCUAGAGCCACUGCAAGCGCAUUUAUUGACCAAUCUUCGAAAUUUUGUACGACGCUUUCCGCGACAACUACCACAAUAUCUGAGAAGUUUGCUCGAAAUCGGUUCAGAUUUGGAUAUAGCACCCAUAUACAUGAUCGUCCGAUUUUGAGAAAUAUUGCAAUUAAGUGCUUAUUUGUUAACCGAUUAACCGAAAUUCGACAGGAAGGAUUUUCUUAUGACUCUUGAUAUUACAUGUGAAUUUCACAGAAAUCGGUUAAGAUUUAGAUAUAGCUGUCAUAUAUGUAUAUCGCCCUAUUUUCACUCCAAGAGCCAUUGCAAGCUCAUUUAUUGACCAGUAUUGUCAAAAUUUUGCAAAACGUUUUCCACGACGACUACCACAAUACCAGGGAAGUUAGCUCGAAAUCGGUUCGGAUUUAGAUAUAGCUGCCAUAUAUGUGUUCGUCAGAUUUUGGGUAAAGUGCAAUAAUGUUGUCAUUUGUCAACCGUAGUUAUUACGAGGGUUGCUUUUUAUAUUUCGGGAUUAGAGAACACAAGCAAAUUUUAAACAUCGAAAAUUAUUUUUCAAAAUAUUCCCCAUUAUGAUAUUUGCACUUUUGCAUGCGUUUGAACCGAUUGUCGAAGCACUUUUGCCACUCUGAUUGAGGUAUCUCUAAAACAUGCAUUCUCAACGCAUCCAGCGCUUCUUCAGGUGUCGAAAAACGUUGACCUCUUAUGUUGCCAAGUCAGCCAACUAUACGGCGGAUGACUCAUCAAAUCGAUGUUUUUAGUGCUCAAAAAUGCAGUUAAUUGAGCCGAUGUGUGAGAGCUCGCAUUGUCGUGGUGAAGAGUGAUCCUUCUUCGGCUGUAGGUUUUCCUCGUUUCUCGAAAGACAACUGGCAAACAAAUGAUUGUGUACCACUCAGAAUGGACUGUUCUGCGUUGUUCUAGUGGUACGGUUGCGACAUAUCCAGUUUUUCCGAAAAAACAGGUGAUCAUUUUCAUGGAAAUGCUUCGUGCUUGAGCAACUUUUGUUGGAUUUGGCUCAUCUUGAAACACCCAUACAGUAGAUUGCAGUUAACUUUCGGGCUCAUCCGAGGUUAGGUUGAAAAGAGGGUGCAGAUAUUCAUCCGCCCCAUGCCACUAUGGACAUACACCUAAGCCAGUAAUCGGCUUGUUACUAUAAAGUAACCUCUAAAGGUUACUAUAAAGUAACCUCUAAAAAGAAAAUUUUAUGUUAGGAAUUCCGUGCUACUUACAAAAUCCUUAAUUGUUUUUAAUACCACUCCCCUAAGUUGGUUCAUGUCUGGUAUUGUGUCUCCACCUAAGUGCCGGUAUCUGUUAGACGCGAAAGCCGGGCAAUAACAAAGGAAAUGCUCCAACGUCUCAUCAUCUUCCCCGCAUGCCCAUGCUAUCACUUGCCGCACCGAUUUUACAAAAGUGAGCUCGUAGUCCAAUGUGUCCCGUUAUGAUACCAAUAGCUAUACUGACCUCCUUCUUGCUUCCUUUCAGUAAUAGUCUCGUCUUCUCACGAUCUAGAUCUCCCCAUAGGAUUUUUGCCGUCCUACCGAUCGUUUCGUUGUUGCAUACGCAUUCGUCGCCCACUCUCUAAACUCGGACUGCGUCGACCCGAAAGGCUUCGGAUUAACCAAGGUUAAUGACGAUAGUCCCCUGGCCUUCACCGCCAUAUAUAAAUUGUUAAUGCCUAUAUUCUAAAGUGUGUUGAUGCCUAGAAACUCCAGUUCUAUAUAUGCGCUAUAUGCAUGCUGUUGCCGAAACAGGCAUUGUCCAAGAAUCAUUGCCCUAAGAUAUGUAUUAUCAACCUCUCUGGAGUCUUCAGUAUAAAUGAUGACAGACUAACCACCGACGAAUACAUAUCAGUGACAACCUCUUAUGGCGCCACGUUGUCUGUUGGAGAAUUUCCCGGGAAAUGUGUACCAACGAGUAGUUAGAGUAUUUCCUCACUAGACACUGUCCACACAUUCUCUGACUUCUGAAUAUAUCCCACCGUAAUAGGUUUCGAGAAUAGGAUCUUUCUUAGCCUAAAAGCCUCAGAUGUAUCAUCCAUAUAGCUGUGGAACUCCACCCUGGAUUUGUUUUAAACCUUUUUCCGCUCGUCCUUGUAUUUUCUUAGUUCAGCCUUAUAGACGUUCCAAUCUUGUGGGUCUCUUGUGUCGUUUACUCUGUUGAGGAGUUUUGUACAGUCCUUCCUUAGACCCACCAAUUUUGUGGUCCUUCAUGGCGGUCGCAGUUUGCCCCUUGGCUUGGUUCUAGGACAUACUGACACAAGCGAGUCAUUCAGGGUCUUCGUCAUCCACUUGAACAUUAUGUCUAUGUCCACCGGUUUCACUUCCUUUCUAAAAGGGAUAGUCGUGGAAAAUGUGGAAGUUGGUAAGGGGGACCCUCCCCCUUACCCUUAUUUUCAGAAACGCCAGAUCUCGGAAAUGGGUGGUGCAAUUUAAGCAAAAUUUUGUGUGCUCUCUUAUAGUAACAUAAAAAAAAAGUUUCUAUCCAAAUUUUGGAUGGGGUACCUAGGGGGCCACCCACAAAAUUUACCAAAUAUAUAUAUAUAGACCAAUCACGAGAAUAUAGGACGUAAAUGAAAGGUAUUUAAGAUUAGAAAGCGUAUUUGAUAUCCAAUUGUCGGACUAUGUGUUUGGGAGAACACCCAACCCCCAAAAUACCCCUCAAUCGGACAUAUUUACCGACCAUGGCAAUAUGGGACUCAAAUAAAAGGUAUUUGAGAGUAAAAUACGAAUCUGAUAUCCAAAUGUGGGGCCAAAUUUCUGGAGGUCCACCCCUUCCCCAAAGCACCCCCAAACAGGACUUAUUUACUGACCAUAGCAAUAUGGGGCUUAAAUAAAAGGUAUUUGAGUGUAGAAUACGAAUCUGAUAUCCAGAUGUGGGACCACGUGUUUGGGGACCGCCCAUCCCCGAGAACAUCCCUCAAAGAGGACAAAUGUACGACCAUAGCAAUAUGGGAUUCAAAUGAAAGGUCUUUGGAAGUAAAGCACAAAUAAGACAUCAAUAUUGGGGAAAAGUGUCUAUGGGGCCACCCCACCCCCACAAUACCACCCAAAAAGGAAGUAGUUGCUGACUAUAGCAAUAUGAGACUCAAAUACGAGGUUUUUUUUAGAAUAGAACAAGAAUCUGAUAUAUAUUUUCAAAGCCAAGUCACUGAGUGGCCUUCCAUCCCCCAAAACACCCCCUAACUGGUAAUUUUUGCCGACUAUGGAAAAGGGGGCUCAAAUGAAAGGUAUUUGGGAGUAGACCAUGAAUCUGAUAUCAACAUUGGGGACCAACUGUCUAGGGGGACGUCCCACCACCAUAACAACCCUAAAAUGGGACGUAUUUGCUCACCAAGACAAUUUGGGUCUUCUAGACAGUUGAGCUCGAUAUUCACAGUUUUUAGGGCUCAUCCACCACCCGGAGAUAUUUGCUGGCUUUUACAAUAAAGGAUUUAAAUGAAUCGUAUUUGAGAUAAGAUAACGAAUUCGAUAUCCAAUUUUGAGGCCAAUGGCAAACGGUAAAUAUUUUUCGACCAUGCCAAUAGGUUGCUCAAAUGAAAGGUAUUCAAGAUUAGAAAACGAAUUUGAUAAACAAUUUAGGGGCCGGGGGGACCUCCUCACCCCAGAAAACACCCCUUAAUUGAACAUAAAUGGAGAAAAUUUUCCAUCCAUGGCAAUAUGGGGCUCAAAUGAAAGGUAUUUGGAAGUAGAGCACGAAAUUCGUACCCAUUUUCGGGACCAUGUUUGUAGGGGUCCACAUAUUUACGAUAUUUUUGAGCUUUUUAACUUUUAAAAUUUUGAAAAUAGCAGGAAAUGUUUGCUGUUUUAGAACAAAUUUCUGCUGUCCCAUUUUCAGCAGACUUUCUGCUGUUUCAGCAAACAUUUUUGUUAUUUUUAAUAACAAAUUUCGAUGAGUGUACCAAUGGUCUAAAUCGGUUCACAACCUGAUAUAGCUCCCGUAGGCACUGAUCUCCCGAUAAUACUUGGGCCCCUAGAGGGAGCAAUUGUUAUCCGAUUUGUAUUACGACUUCUUCUACGACUUUUAACAUACACUCAACCAAAUUUGUUAUUCAAAACAGCAAAAAUGUUUGCUAAAACAGCAGUAUCAGCAAAUAUUUCGGUCAGCUAAAUCAGCAAACAAAAUCUGCUCUUUAAAGUACAAAAAUCCGCUGAAAAAAAUGUUAUGCUAUUUGUAUACCUUCCACCAUAGGAUGAAGGUAUACCAAUUUCGUCAUUCUGUUUGUAACUCCUCGAAAUAUUCGUCUAAGACCCCAUAGAGUAUAUAUUUUCUUGAUCGUCAUGACAUUUUAAGUUGAUCUAGCCAUGUCCGUUCGACCGUCCGUCUGUCUGUCGAAAGCACGAUAACUUUCGAAAGAGUGAAGCUAGCCGCUUGAAAUUUUGCAGAAAUACUUCUUAUCGUUGUAGGUUGGUUGGGAUGGUCCAUGUUUUGAUAUAGCUGCCAUAUAAACCGAUUUGGGGUCUUGAAUUCUUGAGCCUCUAGAGGACGCAAUUCCUAUCCGAUUUGGCUGAAAUUUUGCAUAACGUGUUUCGAUAUGACUUCCAACAACUGUGCCAAGUAUAGUUCAAAUUGGUCCAUAACCUGAUAUUGCAGCCAUAUAAACCGGUCUGGGGUCUUGACUUCUUGAGCCUCUAGUUUCUUUCUUUUAAAUUACGAUCGUGAUUGAAAUUUAGGAAAUUUUCAAUUCCAAAAUUAAUUGAUUCAAUCAUUUUUGUACCCACCAUCAUAGGAUGGGGUAUACUAUUCUAGUCAUUCCGUUUGUAACAUCUCGAAAUAUUGAUCUAUACUCUUGAUCAUCUCGACGCUCUGAGUCGAUCUAGCCAUGUCGGUCCGUCCGUCAUCAGACUAAUAUUUCAAGGUGUAAAUACCUAAAAAGUGUCGCCAACACUGGGAGGGGAUAACCACCGCUGAAAUUUGGUUCUGAUGCACAACUCAAUGCAUAUAUCCUUCAAAUAAGUCCACCCGGCGAUUGGACUUUGUGUGGUCCUAGAAGAGUCAAUCAUUACCCGAUUUUAUUUCUGUUGUAGAAUUCAUGCCCUCAAGACAUGAAAUAUUAGUUUUCGUCAUAAGCAUCUGCAGUUCCGUCGCCAUUGAACCAGUGAUGGGUCCGUAGUAGACGACCCGCUGCAGUCAGGUGCCCACUUCUUAGAGCAUAACACUACCUGUAGUUUUUUUGAUUGGCUAGUAAAACUGUCACUGUUUACCUAUAACAAGGUCAAGUGAUAUUUUUGGGCAGCGAUUUAAAAGCAAAUCCACGACACUUACUGGUUUAAAUAUGGUCUGAUAUUCUGGGCACAAAUUUGAGAAAAUGUUUUCUUAAAUAAGGUGAUAUCAGACGACACGUAUUUGUCAUUUGACAUUUCAAACAUAACACCUCUGAAAGUUUACACACAGAUAUUGGAAAUCAUACCACAAGUUUUUGUGCCAAAUUUAAGCCAAAUCGGAUGAAAAUACAGGCUUCUAAGGACUCAAAAAAUCAAAACAGGGGAUCAGUUUAUAGCCAAAUUUGUUAUCCACUCCUAAUGCUGGCGACAUUUGUGAGGUACUAUGCAAUGUAAAAACGUCUCCCUAAAGAGGUGUCACACAGGGGCACGUCGUUCGGAUUCGGGUAUAAAAAGGAGGUCCCUAAUCGUUGAGUUUAAAACAUGAAUUGAACAUCACUUAUGCAUAUGUGAGAAGUUUGUCCCUGUUCCUUAAUGAAAUAUUCAUGGGCAAAGUUGCAAUAGCGAAAUUUGAACCGAUAUGGUCCAUUUGCAAUCCCCAACAAUCUAACGCAGUAAGAAGUGUCUGUGAAAAUUUGCAAUACUUCGAGGUGCUAUAAACGGAAUGACUAGACUAGUAUACCACCCAUCAUAUGGUGGUGGAUAUAAUAAUAGCACGUUAAGUUCGGCCGGGCUGAAUCUUAUAUAUCCUCCACCAUGGAUCGCAUGCAGAAAUAGUCGGUCGGAAACGCCGACGUUUAAUACAUACGUCAAAAAACGUCAUAAACUUAGCCAAAAAACCAAUCUUUGACGGAAUUGGGAAAUAAUUAGGAAAUUUUACAAUUAGUUUAAACUUUUGUGAAUUGAAGAAUGUAGCAGCACAGGUAAGAACGUGUUCCUAUAGCAGAAAACGUCUGACUUCCAAUCCUAACGAGAACAUCAACAACCUUUUUUUACUGUUUUUUUUCCCUCACUAAUACAUACUGGCGGUAUUUCUGAACAUCUUAACGUGGUCAAACUGCUCCGGAAGGCAGAGCGCUGAUUAUAAAUAGAUUUAAAAUAAAAACUUUUUGAUUAAAUUUGUAAUUUUGAAAAAUUCUAAAACAAUGAUAUGUUGUCGAAACUAAACAGGAAGCGGAGCAAUUUCGAUGUUUAUGACGUUUACUACUUUUUAAACGUUUUAUACAAGCAUAUGACCUUUUCGACGUUCUUCUUAUGGCUAUUCAUAGAAAAAUACCACCUCCAAAACUUCAGGCAAAUCGAGUGAUAAUUGCGCCCUCCUGAGGCUCAGGAAGUAAAAUUUUUGGAUGAGUUUAUAUGGAAGCUAUAUCAGGCUAUGAACUGAUUUAGGCUAUAAUUGCCACGAAGCACUUUUGCCACUCUGAUUGAGGUAUCUCCAAAACAUGCAUUCUGAACUAAUCAAACGCUUUUUCAGGUGUAGAAAAACGGUCUGAUACGCUUAAAUCCACGAAUCGUCACCUGUCACGAUAUCAUAGACGCACCCGAUCGUAUUAUUGGAGCAUUUCUUUCGAUCAAUCGACAAUCGCGAUUGACAAAUUGUGUAGGAUCCAUCGCGAACACAUUUUUUUGACGGUCAAAUGUUCAUCCAAUAUUGUAUGUAUGCUGGUCCCACUAAUGCCUAAAGUAGUCUCAAUCUCACGAUAGGUCACAUGACGACCUUGCAAUAUCAUGCACAGUCAUGAAAUUCGUCUUGGAGUGAACUACGACCUCGUUUGAAUUCACCAUACCAUCGAUAAACACUGGUCCAUGAUGGAGCUUCAUCGCCAAAAAUUGAAUUAAUUUCUUCGAUGCAUUGUUGUUGAGGCACUCCACGUCAAAAGUUGUAAAAAAUAAUCACACGAAAAUGUUGACGAUUUAGUUACUGUAAACAACACAAAAAGCGCUCUAUGUCAAAACGUUCUGAGUACGUAUAACCUCAAAAUUUUCAAGCUUUACGAUAGAGCUGUCAGAUUUCAACACAAGGGUUGUUCAAUCCCGAUAUAUAAGAGGCAACCCUCGUAUAGCCCCAUACUGUGGUGGAUGGUAUAAAAAUUAUUAUUUCUUUUCAAAUUUUUUUUUUGUCUCAUGUGAAAAAAUCAAAUCUCUAACACACAAAAAUUUGCGUUAACAGACGGACAAUCUAUAAAAGUCUCAAAACGAAAAAUGUAAAUAAAAAUUACUAGCAAAAGCGAAAUUAGUUCUGCAAAGAGCAUACCAGGUGGUUUUGCAAAAGUUAAAAAAAAAAUUGAAAAAAAAAAUCAAAAUUUAUCUUAUUAAUGUUUAAAUAUUAUUUGAAAUUUUAAUUUAAAAAAGUUCCUGGAAUUUGUCACUCCCAGCGGCUCUUUGCAAUAGAUUUAUUAGUUUAAUAAUAAAUGUUACAAAAUUGUAUUAUAGAUACACAUAUUUGUUAAAGCCUUAAAAUAAUUGCCUUUAACUUGAAACAAUUUUUUGAAGUAUACUUUUAGGCAUAAUUAAAUAGGGAAAGGCCAGAUGGCCCAUACCAACUCAUAACAUGUUUUUGAAAGUCUUUCAAGACCCAUUCAGCACUUAUUAAACAAAUUGCAAUUUAUUACUAACAAAUUUAUACAUAAACAUAGCAUACAAGUGAAAGAUGUUCUCAAACCAUACGUACUGUAAAUACAUGCAUGUGUAAUUAAGAUAUUUUUAAAUAAAUUUCUUAAAGGAAUUUGUAUUACCAAGCCAACAUCCAAUGUUUUUUAAUCGAAUCAAGCACUGAAAACCGGUUUUAAUGAAAUUUAUGAGUUUGAAAGUCGCCGGUUCAUGUUGUUGGUUAUUUAAAGAGUAUGAACUAUUUUUAGCCAUUCGAUGCGUUGGAAACAUUCGUUAAUUUCUUCCUCCAAGAAAGUUACAGCGAAUACCAAAAUAGAAAUACUUUGAAAUAAGCAUAUAAAAGUUCUGAGCAUUGUUGACAGAGACACUCAGUGCGAAUACAGUAGUAGGCGUGGAAACAUGAAUCCUUUUGUGAUACUAGUGGCAGUUCUGCUGUCUGUCCAAGCAGCGACAGUGCCUCCAGUGGUCAGUGAAGAUAAAGUUAAUAUGCCACUCUCAGGCCAUAAGGAAGUCGACACCGAAGUUCCCGCACUGGUAGUGGAAGUCAGCAAACAUCAUAAGCAUAAUUCAAAUGAAGCAGUACCCGAAGUUAUGAUUACAACGAUAAUGCCAAUGGUAGAUCAAGUCCCCGAAGUAGCAAUGGCGAAGGAUCAUACAGUAGCUAAGGUUGCUGAAAUGGUACCAGAAGUUAUGAUGACUACUGUAAAGCCCGAUGAUAAAGUUUCGGAUGUUGUGGUAUCUAAAGGAACACCCUUUGUAGAUCCUGUUCGCAAAGUCCCCGAUAUUAUGGUAACCACAGCAAAGCCCUUGGCGAAUGUAGUUUCGGAAGUGAAAGUACCUGUACCGGCACCUGUAGUAAAAAUGAGUGAAACAAUGCCCACAGUAGCUUCUCAUGUCAUGCCAAAAAAAGAUCCAGUGGUAGUUGUUCCACUUACAGUUUCUCCCGUCGAGAAAGAUGCAUCUGAUGUGAAAGACAAAAUGGAGCAUGUGAUAAAACGUAGAUCUGUUGCAGUCCAUGUACCUGGGGUAGUUGUAACCACUGUUAAACCUAAGGUAGAUGAAGUUUCUGGAGUUAUGGUACCAAAGGUGAUCCGAGUUUCAACAGAUGUCCCAGUAAGGGUAACAACUCCUGAGGUUAAACCUGUGGUCAAUAACGCCAUGGAUAUUAAAAUGACGAAAGAUGUACCGGUGCCAGCGAUGAUGGUGAAAAACACCAAUGUUAUAGAUCCCAAAGUUGAUGACGUUCAAGUUCCUGAAGUUGUGGUCACCACGGUUAAUCCCAUGGAAAAUGAAGUUUCAGAUGUUGUAAUGAAGAAAGCAGAACCUGUUGUUCCUGUAACAGGUCAACCCACUAUAAGUCAGGGAUUACCGCAAACUAUAAUAAACGCUAUUGUUAAAUCACUAUCAACGAGUCUUGGAGGAGGACAUGCCAUAAAUCGAAGAUCAGUUGAUGUCGUUAAAGGUAUGGUGCAAGUACCUGAAGUCAUGGUGACCACUGUUAAACCUGCAGUUGUGGAUGCAGUAGUAAAAAAUGGGGUUACUGUUGGAGUGGUACCUGUACCAGUUGAGCAAAAUGUAAACCAGGUCCCUGUAAAAGGUAUUCCACUGCCAGUUGUGCCUUCCAAUGUCAAAGAAAUAACCAGGAUAACCGAAAUUCAUAACACCGACCAAGAAAUUAAAAGAAGAUCACUUGAUGUACAAGCUCCAGAGGUUAUGGUAACAACCGUUAAAUCCAUGACAGAAGAGGUUCCUGAGGUUAUGAUGAAAAAAUCUAAAGUACCUGUGGUUGUUCCUGUACCCGUUCAACCUGUGAAAGAUGUUACCGUCACCAAAGUUCCUUCGGUAAAGUUUCCAGAAGUCGUAGUUACCACUGUCAAGCCCAUGGUGAAUGAAGUUCAUCAAGUAAUGGAGAAAGCACAAGUACCAGUAAUCGUUCAGGAACAAGUCCAACCUUUUGUGAACCCUGUCAUGGUCACCAAGGUGCCGUCUGUUGUAAUAGGGGGUCCUGGUCAUAGUGUCAAACGAAGAUCGGUAGAUGCCGAAAAUCACAUGGUUCAUGUUCCUUUGGAAGUCUCAACCAAGGAUCAUAAAGUCAAUAAUGAUGCUGCAGAAGUUGUGGUAAACAAAGAUCAACCUUUGGUGGCUGCUGAUAAAGUUCCGAUACCCCAAGUCAUAGUAACCACCGUUAAACCCAAGGUAAACAAAGUUCCUGAAGUUAUGAUGAAAGGUGAACCCGUGGUUGUGGCUCCGGUUUCCAAUGUAAACCAAGUUUCUCCUGUUGGGGAUCACAUUGUUAAGCGAAGAUCACUAGAGAUGGUUACCACUGAAAUGCCAGUGCAACAAUCAAAAAUGGUAACCACUGUGAAACCAAUGGUAAAAGAUGUCACUGAAACAAUGGAGACAAAAGAAAAGGUUUCCGUACCAAAAGUUAUGGUUACCACUGUGAAACCCAAUUUGGUGGAUAUCAAUGGAGUAAUAGUUAAGGAUGUACAAGAAAUACCCAAUGUACAUCCUGUUCUUUUUGCUGAUGAUGCGGUGAAAGAAGUUGUGCCUGGAGUUGUGCAUAUCAAUGAGAAAAGCCAAAACGAUGUACUGCCACCCAUACUCCAUCGUCCCCAUAUUAAAGAUGAGGCAGUUGUACCACAUGUACCCCUCAGUCCUCCCAUAACCGAAGAUGUCAAGGAUUCAGAAUCUUCAGAGGAGGAUGAGUCAGCAAGUCAUCAUCACUCCGAAGAGGAUAAGAAAGACAAUCAUCAUCAAAAGAUUGUAACACGCCAAAGACGUGCCCAACCAUUUUGGGACAAGAAUGAUUUGGUUACAGCCAAACCCAAGUUAGAAACUGAUCCCAAGGUUAUUGCCAAUAUUUUGGCCAAAUCCAAAUCGGUUAAACUAAAUCAUAGAGCCAUGCGAUCUGUCACCGAUGACAAUGCCCAGAUGAUACCAAACAAACCUGCCAUCAACCACCAGACUAAGGCUGAAGAUGCUGCCACCUCCCAUAUGGAUCCUUGUGAUUUGCUAUGUACCAAAUUUGAAAUUGAUCCCGUUUGUGCCACAAACGGCCUAUGCCUACACGAGUUCCCAAAUCAAUGCAUGCUGGAGACAUAUAACUGCCGUCAUCCUAAGAACAAAUUUGUUGCCACCCGCGAUCAACGCUGCCUGAUGAGUUGGUUGGAUUUCUGCAAGGAAAUCGAUUUAGAUUAA